AUGUCACUAGAGGCGAGAUUGUCGGAGGAGCUGGAGCAGGCCAAAGCUGAGAAUGAACGGAUGGUCUUCGAGCGACAGAAGGCUGACAACCGCGUUUCUCGCCUGUCUUCGGAGGUAGAGACUCUGAAGCAGGUCAUAGCCAAGGCGCGGGCCUCAUUGGCUAUUCAAGAGAAGGCUCGUGAGCAGGCGGUCAAAGAGUUGGAGAACAUUGAAUCUCGCCAGCAGCUGACUGCCAAUUCAGUGGAGGAAAAGGAGCGAGCCCAUAAGGAAGCCAAAGAGACCGUUCAAGACUUGGCCUCGCGUACGGAUGAAGAUCUUCGCCGAGAGAUUCUAAGGAGGCUUGAACUUCGCCAUGCCGAAGAACUUCGUGAGGCGGAGCUGCGGUUAAAAUCUCUGUAA